AUGGCUACUACUUCCCAUUCAGCUCCAUCCUCUUGCAAGGUGAUGCUCUCCAAGAAUGUUGCGAAUGGCUUGCUCGCGGAAGUCUUGGAGGGUGUCAAAACCUUGGAGAAACCCCCCCACCUGGUGGGAUUUUUGGCCAACAGCGACCCUGCGGCACUGAUGUAUGCGCAGUGGACGGAGAAGACGUGUCUUGAAAAUGGAUUCCGCUACUCUCUCCGCGAAGUCCACCGGGACGACCUUGAGGAAGCCAUUCUGGCUGCCAAUGUCGACGACGAAGUCGACGGCAUCAUCGUAUACUACCCCAUUUUCAACAACCGACAAGACCAGUACCUGCAGCAGAUUGUGGACGUAUCCAAGGAUGUAGAGGGUCUUAGCCAUCGUUACAUCUUCAACAUGUACCAGAACAUUCGUUUCCUUGACCCGGAGACAAAGCGCCAGAAGUGUAUUCUUCCUUGCACCCCUCUUGCCAUCAUCAAGAUUCUCGAAUACCUGAACAUCUACAACACAAUCCUGCCUUAUGGAAACCGACUCUUCGGACACACGAUUUGCGUGGUGAAUCGGUCGGAGGUUGUUGGCCGACCACUUGCGGCCUUGUUAGCGAACGACGGAGCCUGCGUUUAUAGUAUUGAUAUUACCGGGAUCCAAAAGUUCACUCGUGGAGAGGGUCUGAAGAAGGGAAGACACGAGGUUGAGGAGGUGGAGGGAAUGGAAUUGAAGGAUAUUGUCCCAUUGUGUGACACCGUCAUCUCUGGAGUUCCUGGAGAUAAGUACCAGUUUGACACUAGCCUGCUCCGCGAAGGUGCUGUGUGUGUCAACUUCUCCAGCGAGAAGAACUUUGGCCCUGAAGUGAAGCAAAAGGCGUCUAUUUUUGUGCCUUCCAUUGGAAAGGUGACCAUCGUUGUCCUGCUUCGAAACUUGCUGAGACUCAUCCAGAACAAGAGAAUGGAUGAUGUUAAGCCUGCUGCUGCCACCGAGCGGCCAGGAACCCUGGAAGCUUCUUCCUAA